AUGAGUACCAAACACUUCUUUCACCACACAGAGGGCGUUGUCGUCCAAGGCCUCGAUUCGCUGGUCGCCAGAAAUAACCAUCUAGCCCUCGAUGUUCCAAAUAAAGUCGUAUAUUCCAAAACCCAUCACCCGUCCAAAGUUACAGUAAUAUCAGGAGGAGGCAGUGGCCACGAGCCAGCAUGGAGUGGCUAUGUUGGAGAUGGUCUGCUGGCUGCUGCAGUGAAUGGAGAGGUGUUUGCUAGUCCAAGCACUAAGCAGAUCAUGGCUGCUAUCAAGCAUGUACCCUCAGAUGCCGGUGUCAUCCUGUGCAUCACGAAUUACACUGGAGACAACUUGCACUUCGGACUGGCGAGGGAGAAGGCUGCGGGUAUGGGAUACAAAGUCGGCGUCUUGCGCAUGACAGAUGACGUUGCUCUGGGCAGGAAACAGACGGAGAAUACGGGCAGACGAGGGCUAGCAGCCAACAUGUUCGUUCUCAAACUCUGCGGCGCUGCUGCCGAGUCAGGGUAUUCUUUCGACAAGUGUAUGGAAAUUGGGUAUGCUGUGAACGCGAACGCUGUCACGGUUGGCUCAUCCCUCGACCACUGCCAUAUUCCUGGUCGCGAGCAUCAUCGAUCGAUCUCAGAAGACGCGUACGUCUUGGGUAUGGGCAUUCACAAUGAGCCUGGUCUUCAUGAGAUCGCACCAAUGCCCAAGGUGGAAGAUCUGGUGAGCGACAUGCUCAAGUACUGCUUAGAUCCGAAUGACAAGGACCGCGCGUUCGUCGAAUUCAAGCCCGAUGACGUGGUCUGUCUUCUGAUCAACAACUUUGGAGGAAUGAGCAACUUCGAAUUGGAGGCUCUUACGAGCGUCACUCGCAAGGUUCUGGAGAAGGAGUGGACAAUCACGCCAAAGCGAAUAUACGCCCAGUGCUUCGAGACGUCGUUGAACGCGCCAGGUUGGUCGAUAUCACUCUUGAACGUAUCCGGAAUAGAGCGAGACACAAAGGCGACUGUACAUGGACUUCUGCAUCUCCUCGACUUGGACACCACCGCUCCAGCGUGGCCGAGAAAUGGUUACAGAUAUAUCGUUCCCGUGAAAGAGACUGCGAAGAUCGCGGUUGCCAACGCUUCAGAGCAAAAGGCGCAAAAGGGUCCUUCUGUUGACGGCGCGGUGUUGGAUAAGGCGCUCCGGACUGCUUGCGAUGCCGCUAUCAAAGCGGAGCCUUACAUCACAAAGUGGGAUAUUCAAAUGGGUGAUGGAGAUUGUGGCGAGGCUGUGGUCAACAUGUGCCAAAACGUGCUGAAGGCGCUGGAUGGUGGUGUUGCCAAGUCGGGAUCGUUCUUUCACAUCCUGGACGAGCUAUGCGACACUAACGAGAACGGUUCCGCGCUUGACACGAAGACUGCUGGCCAGGCAGCAGCAGCUGCACUGAAGAACUUGCAAAACUAUACUGGUGCAAGAGAGGGAGGUAGGACUGUGAUGGAUACAUUGAUACCAUUUUGCCAGACGCUCGAGAAGGACGGUGACCUCGGCAAGGCUGUUGAUGCGGCAGAAAGCGGAGCCAAAAGCACAUCUGGCAUGAAGGCAAAAUUUGGCAGAGCAUCAUAUGUCGGCGAGAAGGCCGAAGCGCAGCAAGAUACGCCCCCAGAUCCAGGCGCGAUGGCAGCAGCAGUUUUCUUGCGCGGCUUGUUGGAGGGCCUGACGAAGUAAUUCGAUCUUAUCAGAUGUGGCACUGUUGGCACUGUGCAGCCUGUUCCUGACGAUUGUGCAUUUUCGUGAUCGGGAUACCUUCAGCCUACGGAAAUAAGAAGUUUUCGUUCAAAUUCCCGCCGGUAUCGCUUCACCCAUACCCCGCUUGGUGGAUGUUGUAAAGCAGGUGCUGCGGGGAGCUCAUUCCAUCAUAGUCGAGGGGAACUCUGCUCAUAAUGUAUUAAAGCAUAGAACCUCCCACAAACAACAGAAAUCCAC